UACCUACAUAGACAAGUUUCGUAUCACCAGUCACCAGAAAGGUCACGCUAUUUAAUUUGCGAAAAAUUAUACCUCCAACGAAAAACAAACAACAUCUAACAAUACUCGCCGGUUAAGAUAUCAACCUGCUUAUGACAUAAAUAGUAGCCGAUGUGGUCGAGUUUUCGUGGUCAAGUGUAAGGACUUGCAAGGCCCAUCAAAAUCUUAGACCGUGACAAAUGUCUGUUUUAAUGCUUCUGCAAGCUAUAGCAUGAAAUUAAAUGGCUACGUUCGAUGUGUAAGGAGACGGACAAAAAGCUUGUACCGUUGACCGGUUCAUUUUUUACUUUCCACCUUACCACCACCCGAUGCGAAUUUUUCGUGCAUCGAAUCACGAAAACAAUUUCUAAUAGUGAGCUAUAUCAAUCUUUGUUGGUUCCGAUUACACUUUGAUUUAGUAUUUAUCCGGGCCUCGAAAUAGUCGGACGCAUCGGAGGAGAUAAUAAAUCGAAUGGAAAAUGAUUUUAAGGUACUGUAAAGUGAUUGUGCUGGCUACACUAAUGGUGGUUGGAUCAGAACCACCAACAACAGUGGAGAGCGAAAGUGACUCUGCGGAGAAUUUCGUGGAUGACAUACUAGAAUUUCAGAAGCAGCUUAACGUGGAACCUAUUAAGAGCGAUUUUAUUAAUGAAAUGAAAGAUCGUUACAGUGAAAAGAAUAUUCUAAAUCAAUACGACUUUGUGAUAGUUGGAGCGAGUCCAUCGGGCUGUGUACUGGCAAAUAGAUUAACCGAAAAUCCAGAAUGGAAAGUGCUGCUUUUGGAAGCCGGAGAACGAGAGAAUUUGUUUGUGAAGGUGCCUGUAAUUGCUGCAUACCUGCAGUCUACGAGUUACAACUGGGGAUAUUUGGCCGAGCCACAAAACUAUUCUUGCUGGGGAAUGAUAGACCAACGCUGCGCAUUACCGCGAGGAAAAGGAGUCGGAGGAUCGACUCUCAUCAACUACAUGAUGUAUGUCCGAGGAAAUCGACAUGAUUUUGAUACCUGGGCCGCCAAAGGGAACCCCGGUUGGUCAUAUAAGGAUGUUCUUCCGUAUUUCAAAAAAUCUGAAAAAUCCUUCUUGGACAUAUCCAACGAAUAUCAUGGAUUGGAUGGGCCACUAGAUGUGCGAUUUGCACCACACCAAACCAAAAUGUCUCAUAUUUUUUUCAACGGUCUUCAAGAAUUGGGAUUACCUCAUGUAGACUAUGAUGGAGAAAAUCAACUCGGAGUGUCGUUUCUUCACGCUAAUCUCAGGAAUGGGCAGCGACUGUCAGCAGGUACAGCAUUUCUAGAUCCGGUAAUGGAUCGACCGAAUCUUAAGGUUCUUACCAACUCUAGAGUGACAAAAAUCCUCAUUGAACCCAAAACGAAAAUGGCUUAUGGCGUUGAAUUUGUUCGUGGCAAAAAGCGAUAUGCCGUAUUAGCGAAAAAGGAAGUACUGCUUAGCGCAGGGGGGCUGCAAUCGCCUCAACUGUUAAUGCUUUCCGGAAUCGGACCGAAAGAUCACCUCCACAAUGUCGGUAUACCGGUUGUCCAGGACCUACCAGUGGGAAAAAUACUUUACGAUCACAUUUAUUUCACUGGCUUGACGUUCGUGACAGGAACGCAACAUUUCACACUGAAUGCAAAUCGAGUUCUCACUUUGAAGAUGCUGGCAAAAUAUUUACAAGGUGACGGUACAUUAACAAUACCGGGAGGAGUAGAAGUGGUUGGGUUUAUCAAUACUCGCAAUUCAAGCAGCGACGCCGUUCCAGACAUUGAACUGUUCUUUGUAAACGGUUCUCCAGCAUCCGAUCAUGGAAGUGCAGUAAGAAGAGGUUUUCGUCUUAGAGAUGACGUGUAUGAAACAUAUCGUUCGCUGGAGUCCGGCGACAUGGAUGCAUUUAGUAUUAACCUGGUAUUAUUGCAUCCCAAGUCGAGAGGAUACAUGGAGCUGAAAAAUAGUAGCCCAUUCCAAUGGCCAAAAUUUUACACCAACUUCUUGAAAGAGGACGACGACGUAGAAACACUUUUGAGAGGCAUAAAACAAGUGCUCCGAAUAGUAAAUACCCCGGCAAUGAAACGAUGUGGCGUUAAGCUACACAACGUUCCCUUGCCAACCUGUGGCCGAUUGGAGUACGGCACUGAUGAUUACUGGCGAUGUGCGAUCCGAUCGGUUAGCACCUCAAUGUACCACCAGACAGCGACGACUAAAAUGGGAUCAUCGUCGGAUCCAGAAGCAGUCGUUUCCCCAGAGCUUCAAGUGCAUGGUAUUUCCAGCCUACGCGUGGCAGAUGUCGGUGUUGUUCCAGUUACCUUCAGUGGCCAUCCUGUUGCAAUAGCAUACAUGAUCGGCGAAAAACUAUCAGACAUUAUCAAAGAACAAUGGGGAACACCCAAAAAAGUCUAA